AUGUUGAGACCGAAGACGGCCGCCAGUGGCGCCAAUGCUGUCAAGCCGAACAACUCUCGCUCGAAGCCUUCGAAAUCCACCGGCGAGUCGAAAGAUGAAGUCGUUCAGGAUUUGCGCAAGACAAUCCAGCGACGGUACCUCCGCGAGUCUGAUGCUGCCAAGAUACCUGAUAAAAAAGGAGUGGGAACUAAGAAACUUCUGAAGGAACCAAAAAAGAGUGAGAACACCGACGCGCCGGGGACGGAGCGGGGGAAGAAACGGGAUCGAAAUGGCAAGAUCCUCAAUCAGAACAAGAAGUCUUCUGAGCGAGACGGCGCUGCCUCAGAUGCGAACUCCGACGAAGAUGUUCUGGCCCAAGAGAUGAAGAGUCUAGGUGGCACCGCGGAGGACUUGGACCUGCUUGCGGGCGCGGACUCGGAGUCAGAACUGGAGGGCGACGUCCCAAACAAAGCCUUGGAAAGCCUGGAUAAGGGAAUGAAGAAUAUCUUGAAAGAGAUUGCUCUUGCUCAAGGAGAGGUUGAGGGCGACGAUGAAAUUAUGAGUGAGGCUGAAGAAGACGGCCCGGACGAUGACAAUGGGGCUCCCGAACCGGUCGACAAGUCCAUACCGACGCCAGAUCAGAAACCAGAACAGACGAAGAAGGGUAGGAAGAGCCAGACGCAGUUCUUGUGCGAACCAAAGCCAGAGUGGUUUGACCUCUCGGACCCGGACGUCGACACAGAGACAUCGCCCAAAUACACCAUCUCCAAGGACUCCAUUGAUCAGCUCCAUGAUUAUGCUAAAACUCUGCUCGAUGAAGAGAACUCGAAGUUCAAAGAUUCUCAGCAGUCGUCGUCUGCACAGUCGUUCUACAACACCGUCAUCACGUCGGGAACAUUGUCCGACAAGAUCUCGGCUCUGACUUUGGCGGUACAAGAAUCGCCCAUCCACAAUGUCAAAGCGCUUGAGACGUUGAUCGGUCUUGCGGGCAAGAGAAGUCGCUCCCAAGCAGUUGACGUGCUUCGAGCGUUGAAGGACCUGUUCGCCCAAGGCUCCCUGCUCCCUUCGUCUAGGAAGCUUUAUGCAUUCCAGGCACAGCCGACGCUUGUAUAUUUCUUUCGGGACACUAGGAAUUGGAAGAAAGGGCAGCAAUUACCGGGCGGUCUCGAGCAGAGACGCCUCGUUGUCUGGGCUUUCGAGAGCUGGCUGAAAGAGCAAUACUUUGAGGUUCUGAAGAUUCUUGAGGUAUGGUGCAACGACGAGAUUGAGUUUUCCAAGGCGAGAGCGCUCAGCUACGUUUACGAGCUGCUCAAGGAACGACCCGAACAGGAGUCAAACCUGCUUCGUCUGCUGGUCAACAAGCUGGGAGACCCUGUCAAGAAGAUCGCGUCUCAGGCAUCUUACCUGUUGAUGCAGCUGUUGAUUGCCCAUCCCGCCAUGAAAAUGGUGGUUGUCUCGGCGAUCGAGUCCGACUUCAUCUUCCGGCCCGGUCAGAGCCUGCAUGGUAAAUACUACGCAGUGGUCACGCUCAAUCAAACAGCGUUGAGUGCGAAAGAAGAGGAUGUGGCGGUCAAACUGCUUGACAUCUACUUUGGCCUCUUUACGGGGCUGUUGAAAACUGACAAGGAGACUGCUCCGAAAGAGGAGACCGUCCAGGAGCCUCAGUCACGAGGAGAACAGCGCAGGAAGAAGAACAAGAACAAGAACAAGAACUCCCAACCGGCGCCGGGCCAGGCUCAAGCCGAAGAACUGCGCGACAAGCUCAUCUCCGCAAUCCUCACUGGUGUCAAUCGAGCAUAUCCAUAUACCAGCACCAGUUCUGGGACCAGCAACAGUGCUUUCUCCGACCACCUCGACACGCUAUUCAAAGUGACUCACUCGGCCAACUUCAACACGUCCAUUCAAUCACUGCUGCUCAUUCAGCAGAUCUCCCAGGCCAGUCAACACAAAGCUUCGAGUGAUCGCUUCUACCGCGUCCUUUACGAAUCCCUUCUGGACCCCCGACUUAUUAUCGCUUCGAAACAGCAACUCUACUUGAACCUGCUCCACCGGGCCCUCAAAGCGGAUCUCCAUAUCAACAGAGUCAGGGCCUUCAUCAAGAGACUCACCCAGGUGCUUACCCUCCACGAGCCGAGCUUCAUCUGCGGCGCGUUCUUCCUCAUCCAGGAUCUGGUCAAGACCUUUCCCAGCCUUAAAAGUCUAAUCGACGAGCCUGAGGACCACGAAGAAGACGACGUCGAAGUCUUCCGCGACGUGCCUUCUGCGGACGAGGACGAAGACCGCCCCGCCGCCACGGCAACCGACCCGGACACCCCUUCAAGGCACCCUCCAGCCGCAGAUGCGGCAUCGAAAAGCACAUCUACAUACGAUGCGCACAAACGCGACGCCCUGCACGCCAACGCCGCCAACGCCUGCCUCUGGGAGAUUCUCCCCUCCCUAGCGCACUUCCACCCAUCCGUGUCUGUCAGCGCCGAAAGCCUACUUGCCCACCGCCCUCUCUCCGGCAAGCCCGACCUCAACGUCCACAGCCUGUCGCACUUCCUCGAUCGCUUCGUCUACCGCAAUCCCAAGCUCUCGCACGCCGGUCUUCGCGGCAGCAGUAUCAUGCAACCCAUGGCCACGGACAAUAAAGACGCGGUCCUCCUCUCCGGCAGCAGUACAGCCCGCCCCCUGCCCGUCAACAGCGAACAGUUCCGCAUGAAGAAAUCCGACGACAUCGCCGCCGAGGAUGUCUUCUUCCAUCAAUACUUCACGGCGGUGAAGAAGACGACGACGGGCGCAAAGGACGGGAAGAACGCCGAGAAGCAGCAGCAGCAGCAGAAGAAGAAGAACAAGUUGCGCGACAUCGACGACGACGACGGAAGUGUGGAGGAUGAUGAAGACGAGAUCUGGAAGGCCAUGAUGGCUAGUGCGCCCGAUCUGGAGGGCGACGAGUUUGAAGACGAUGACGCGGAUCUCGACUUGGCGGAUUUGGAAUCUGCUGACGACGACGACGACGACGUUGGCUCAGAUGCAGAUCUUGACCUCGAGCUCGCGGGUGAAGGUGGUGAAGAUGAAGAUGCACAUGCAGAUGGAGUGGACAUCGAUCCGGCUUUCUUCGAGGACGACGAAGACGAUCUCAUGGACGUGGAUGACGCGUCUGGACCUUCAUCCCGCGGCCAUACUGGUGCAAGGGUGAGUGCGAGUGCGAGUGUGAGAGUGUCCGCCGGCGGAUUGCGUAGGGAUGUGUCUGAAUUUGCGGGAUUCGAGUCCGACGCCGAUUCUGACGGCGAGAAAGCCAAGAAGAAAGCAAAGCGCGGGGAAAACGACAAGACGGAGAAGAAGAAGAAGUUGAAGAACUUGCCCACGUUCGCAACGGCAGAGGAGUACGCCAGGAUGUUGGAGGACGACGACGACGAGGAUCGAUGA